AUGGAUUAUAACAGUGCGUACAACAAACCAUUCUGCGGUGUUUCUCAACCCCAUCCUGGUAGUUCCGGUUUCUUUCAACAGAAUUCCACACCUCCGACGUUUCUUAAAAUCCCUAACCCUCCGGCAUACAUUAAGCAAGAAUCGGUAGCUAAGAGUGAUACGGCGAUACCUGGGGGAACUGUAACACCACCCGUGAACUACAGUCAGAAUCAGCACUAUGCCGGGCAGGAACCGGAGAAACCAUUUUUCUACGGAAAACCCUUCGAUUUUCAGUAUGUGCCGAAUGCUUUCAUACAGCCACAUCCUCAGCAAUUUACACAGCACCAUCACCUGCAUUCGCAUGCAACUCACCACCAUGCGACUCACGGUCAGCAUCACCAACAACUCCAGGUGCAGCAACAGCAACAACAACUACAACAGCAUUCUCCUGCUCCUGAUACGGUGCCGUCUCAUGUACACUCUGCACAGCAACAGGUGCAGCAUAUGGGACCGCAGCACCUUCAGAGAGCACAGCAUGUUACAAAUUUUCACGAUUAUCCAGAUCAUUCAAAUGCUUCCAGCGUAGCUUCCGCUAUAGAGCCUCCCGCGUACAUAAUUCAACAGUCGCCCGUUCCGUUGCUAACCAAUGUUGCGAUGCCGUCUCCUUCCCACUCGAUUGCAGCAAGUGCAGCACCGCCUGCCGCACAGCAGGGAUCCCGUUUCAGCUGUGAAACCUGUCCAAAAUCGUUCGAUACGAAAGCGAAACUGAGCAAACACGCCAAGACGCACUUAGUGCAGGCUUGCAAACAGGAGUUCAAAUGUAGGAUGUGCGAAAAAGUGUUUCGCACAAAAAGCACACUAAUAUGCCACGAGAAGGUGCAUGGGGAAAACGGCGUGGAUAAUAACUUCCCGUGUGCCGAGUGCGGCAAGGUGUUUGCAUCGGAUGAAAAGUUGCAGGUGCAUCGUCGAUUGCAUACUGGAGAAAAACCGUAUCAGUGCAAGGUAUGCAUGAAACGGUUCAACCACCAGUCGAACCUGAUCGUGCAUUCGCGCAUACACGAGAAGGUAAAGAAGGAACUAAAGUGCACACAGUGCACCAAGGUGCUGGACAACGAGGAGCGUUUGGCCAUCCAUAUGCGGGUGCACACUGGCGAAAAACCGUACAAAUGUUCGUACUGUGACAAACGCUUCAAUCACAAAAGUACGGUCAGCACGCACGAAAAGUCGUCACACAUCGCGGCCAACUCGUUCAAGUGCGACCGGUGCCAUAAAACGUUCAAUCAAAAGUGCCAACUGCAGUACCACGAAAAGCUGCAGGACGAACAGACGUACACGUGUCCGCUCUGCGAUAAGGUGUUUUGUUACAAGGCCGGCCACGAGGAGCACAUGUACAAGGUGCACUUUCCGAAAACGAAAAAAAGCCAUAAGAAACGUCACGCUGGUGAUGUUGGAGGUGAGAGCAACAGGAUAGUCAGCGAGGGCAGAAAUAAGUUCAAAUGCACCGUUUGCGAUCGCCGGUUUUACUACAAACGCGCACUCGAGGUGCAUAUGGGGGUGCAUGACGCUACGCUGGAUGUAAACGUACUGUAUUUCUCGUGCAAUUACUGCCCAGAGACGUUCACGGACGAGGGACCACUGCAAAAGCACGAAGCAGAACACGUGGAAAACGGGACGACAGACUUCCUGCAGAACAUGAAAGCGCUCGAGCAGACGGAAAAUCCUGAAAACGGACAGGGAGAUGACGAAUUCCGCUGUGCGCUGUGUUUUAAGCGCUUCGACGAUCGAGAGACACUGCACGAACAUCACAAAACGCACCUUUGCCAGAACCGGGACUGCACCAAGUGUGGACCGGUGCACGAUGAGGAGUUUCAGUUCACAAACAGCACGUACGACGCUAACGAGGACACCCGGGAGACGGUCUGCAACGUUUGUUAUCGGGUGCUACCGUCGUUCGAGCAGUUCCAGACCCAUUUCCAUUACCACACGUCACGUGUUCCGUUCUACUGCUACCAUUGCCGGAUUGAGUUUAACGAUAAGCGCGAGCUGUACGCACACACGAAGACGCAUUCUCCGCGCGAGCUGGAGUCGUACACGUGCGAGGUGUGUGCGAAGGUGUUCUCAACGAAGGGCAACUUCAAGCGGCAUCUGAAAUCUCACGAAUCGGUGCGUGCGUUUGCUUGCGACCGAUGCUCUAAGCAAUACGAUUACAAAAGUGCCCUCGAGGCCCAUCUGAAGAAAUCCCACGAUAUCAAGCUGUAGCCCGUUUUGGUGAUUCCGCACUGAUGCAGUGCAGUUCAUCUAGUUAUAGUUUAGUGCUUAUACGAUCUGCUGAAGGGUGGCUUCCAUAAACCGUAAAUUACACGAAUAGUAUGUAAG